CCCCCGGAUUCUCCCAUUGCCAUUUUGUGAUCUUCAAUUGAAAUCUAAAAUUCCGGCCAGAAUCAAUUGAAAGAUGAGCAACAGAAGCCAGAAGAGCACUGCGCCGCCACCGGCCGACGAAGUGGAGCAGCUGCUGCAAGCAACUCAGGACGAGAUGCUGUUACAGCUCUCCAUCGACACUCACAUGUCUCGCGUAGCGCCCGCUUACCUCGAGUCCGAUCUCGAUCGCCGCUUCCAAGCCCUCAAAUCGAAACCCUCUGCUCGUCAGCCGCAAUCACGGCAAUCAUCAGCUCCCAAACAACAACAACAACAACAACAACAACAGAAUCGGCGGCAAGAGGCUGUUGUUGACGAUGUUGAUCAGGAACUGAGGAGUGUGUUGGGCGAUGAUCUCAGUGCUAGAUUUGCUGCUCUCAAGGCCUCCUCAUCUUCAUCUUCCUCUACCGCUAUAAAUGAUGUUCGUGCUGGCACCAAUGUGGCAAAUAGUCGUGCAGAUGAUGGUUUUGAGGAUCAUCAGGACGAUAAAGAGGAUGAGGUUGAGAAGGUAAUCCGAUGGGCUAUGGAUGCCGCCCGCCUUGAUCCGUCUCCUCCGUCCGAUGAUGAGGACGACCACAAUAAAGAAGAGUCAGAUGACAAUGACGAUGACGAUGACGAUGAUGAAGAUGAAGACGACCACAGAAAUAAAAAGCCAGUUAAAAAAUAGUAAGUGCUGGGUUUUUUUUUUCGUUUUUUAUGUACUCAAAUUAAAGUUCUAGAUAGUUUGAAAUGUUAUCAUCCAACUAGUUUUGCCUAAUGCAUCUUUGGAUAAUGCUGUAACUCUAACCUGUUAGUAAUCAAAGAUGCAAUACAAGGUUGCAGAAAGCAGUAGGCCACUGCCUGGCGUCUAGGCGUUACUUAGGCGCAAUCCAAGUGCUGUUAAGUGCACUAGGCAUUUUAUUUUUCUGCAAAAUAUGCCAAAAUAGAACAGCAAAUCUAAAAGAAUAGAAGAAAUGCCUAACUCUACUGCCGAAGGCCUAGGAAAGGCCGUAGAGCACUGCCUAGUGCUUAAGUGGUGCCUAAGGAGCGCCUAGGCAAGCUUUUUGCAACACUGGAUGUGAGCUAUGUUUCUUUGUUUUGAACAUAAAGCUGUGUGUUUAGCAGAGUUUGGAACAAAGGGGGUAAGAAGAAAGGUUCUUCUCUUUUAAAAGAUUGCUAAAUGAGAAGAUAAGGAAAUGAGGUAAAUCCCCUUGAAAAGAAGAAUAUUUUUAGGAGAAGGUUCCUAAUCUAUAACUUGGUUGGUGAUCAACUGAUCAUUGGUGAAGAUGAAGAAGAAGUUCUCCCUUUUAUGCACUGAUGUUUCUUUGUUACUUUUCAUUUUCCUGCAGGCAAAUUAUGUAUCCUUAAAUAAAGCCUGGAGACUUUGCUAUGCGCAAAAAUUUUUACCAUUAAGGCAGAAACUUUACAGAGCUUGUGUGUGUGCGUUCUGAGAGAUAAGUCUAAAUUGGAUUAAUAUACAUGCAAGAUUGAAACAAGAGUAUAGCCACAAAUGUUUAUUCUUUACAGAGUAUGGAUCUUUUGCAUUAUUGAAGUUGAUGCUUUCUAAAAUUUUUUUCUUUUUAGGUUUUCUUCGUUCCCCUUUUGCCUGUGGAGUCUUCUUUGUUGUUGUGACUUGGAAGAUCUAAGAUGCCUAGAUAAGAAUUCUUUGGUGUCCACGCUUCGGAAAUUAUUGAUGUAUAGUUAUGUUUUUCUCGGAGGUUUGCAGCUCCCUAUUUCCCUGGAUGAAUAUGUUGUCUUGUGCUGUUCCUUCCUGUCAAAAAGGGUGCAAGUCUAUUCCUUUUAUAGGUGUGGUUGAUGCUCACAAGAGUCAAAGAAUUAGGGAAGGAAAUUGUAUGAUUUUUUUGGUUGGGAUCCAUCCUUGUGAAGUUGAUUUUGGAUUUGCAAGGACUGGAGGGUCUAAUCCAUAGUUAUCAUUACCGUACUAUACUAGCUUAUAUGAUCGGUACAUAUCGGUUUUUAUAUUAAAUAAGGUAUAUGACUCAAUUUCAUUUCGGUCAAAUUUUAUCUGUAUUGGUUAAAUUUCAAUGUAUCGGCCGAUAUUUGGACGUACGGGCCAUUACACAACUCAAUUCAAAUUUAAAAAGAGUAAAUUUCAUUUUUGGUU